AUGGGUUUACACUCAUGCAAGGACUUAACUAGCAAGAACAGUGCUUCUACACCUAAUGAGGUGGAGCGCAUGCGAAAAAUCCCUUAUGCUUUAGCUAUGGGAUCUAUUAUGUAUGCGAGAACUCGAAGGGAAUUAGCCAGGGCAUUUGGAGGUAGUUUGAACAAUGUGACCCCGGCUGAAGGGUACAAAAUAUUAGAUGAUAUGGCCAAGGAGUUCUCUGAUCGCGAUGAGCUUGUAAGCAAGAGAACUAGUAGUAAAACUGUGGCGAAGUUGGAGAGUGGUGAAGAAUCGAGCUUGGAUAUUGAGGCAAAGCUUGAAAGGUUAGGAACGUCGAAUAGGCAUCCCGGUACUUUACCGAGCAAUACCCAACAGAAUCCUAAGCCUCAGCAAAAUAGCCAAGGAUCAGGAGCCAAGUAUAGCCACCCGAACGCUAGAAACGAGCAAGUCUACGCGAUCACAACAAGAGCAGGUAACACUUAUAAUUCUGCAAACCCGUUGCCUAAUGUUGUUACUCCUCUUGUGCAGGUUGAAGCCGAUGAAGCUGUUGAUGAUGAGAUUGAGAUGGAACCGGAACCAGCCGUGAAGACACCGGUCGUUCCAUCUAAGAAUGUUGAGAAGACUCCUGUUGAGAAACCACCGGUUAAACCAUAUCAGCCAAAGAUACCUUUUCCUCAACGAUUGAGGAAAGCGAAGAUCAAGGAAAAUUUUAAAAAGAAGAAGUUAGAAGAGGCAAAGACAACUGUACUGAGUGCCGAGGUGUCAGCUAUCAUCAAGAAUGAGAUUCCUCCUAAGUUAGAAGAUCCAGGGAGUUUUCUCGUCUCUUGUGCUUUUGGUGCUAUAUUGUAUAAGGCAUUAGCCGAUUUAGGGGCUAGCAUCAAUUUAAUGUCUUAUUCUGUGUACAAAAGAUUGUCUUUAGGUGAUUUGAUCCCUACCCGCAUGAGCAUUAGGCUAGCGGAUCGUUCAUUCCAAUAUCCCAUGGGGAUAGCGGAAAAUUUGCAAAUUAGGGUAGGUCACAUGAUAUUCCCGGUAGAUUUUGUUGUUCUUGAAAUGGAGGCGGAUAUUAAUGUCCCCCUAAUUCUUGGCCGACCGAUUGAUGUAGUCGAGGAGGAAGAUGUUUUGGAAAAGGAGCUCAUGGAUUUUCUGGACAUGGAGGGAGAUGAAGCAUUUCUAGCUUGUAGUGAAGAAGAACAAGAAAUGGUUGGUGAAAUGGUGCAGGAGAUCAUGGCGUCGAGUGUUGAUGAAACGCCACCGAAAGAUGAAACAUUUGAAGAAAUCACCGUUAAUGAUAGAAGACGAGUGCUAACUUCGGUAGAGAAUCCUCCUACCGAUUUAGAACUCAAGCCACUUCCGGACCAUCUAGAGUAUGCUUAUCUUGAAAGUACAUCUUUCUUGCCCGUUGUCAUUUCCUCCUCACUUUUGGAGGAUGAAAAUCUAGACUUAUGA